AUGCUUGUGGCUGCACCGUCCACCACACAUUCAGCGACACCCAUCAGCAUUCCAUCUUCCAACACAACGACCAUUAAGAAAUCAACGUCAAUACAAUCUCCAUUUUGGUUUGGAGGUGCUGCUUCAUGCCUGGCUACAUUUGUCUCUCAUCCAUUUGACUUGACAAAAGUCAGAUUGCAGACAUUGCGGGUGGAGAAUAGCACAGCAUGGUCUGAAUUCAAGUUGCUGAGCCCUGCUAGAAUGUUUAAAACCAUGUGGACCAUCAGCCGAACAGAAGGCGUUCAAGCUCUGUACAGUGGAUUAUCAGCUAGUUUGUUACGACAAGGCACCUAUUCCACCAUUCGAUUCGGACUGUACGAUCAAUUCAAGUGGUCUGUCGCUGGCGAUCAAAAACCCACCGUCCGUCAAUUGAUCUUUUGUUCGACCUUGGCAGGAGCAUUAGGUGGUGCCUUUGGUAACCCCAGCGAUGUUGUGAAUGUGCGUAUGCAAAACGACGGACAAUUACCACCCAAUCAAAGAAGAAAUUACAAAAAUGUGUUGGAUGGUAUGGUUAGAAUUUGCCGUGAGGAGGGACCUCGAGUGCUAUUGAGAGGCAUUGGAUCUAGCACACACCGCGCAAUCCUUAUUACAGUAUCACAGAUGUCCAGUUAUGAUAUGUUCAAGCAAGCAUUCAUUGAUAGGCUGCAUUUCAAUGACGAUUUGAUGACACAUUUUGCUUCGAGUCUGUUGGCUGGCUUGGUUGCGACGACAGUCUGUUCUCCUUUGGACGUCGUUAAAACCCGUAUCAUGAGCGCACAUUUGCUUGACAACAGACAUCCUAUUAAAAUUAUGGCACACAUGAUCAGGAGCGAAGGCGUUGGAUCUCUCUUCCGCGGUUGGAUGCCUGCAUUUGUCAGAUUGGGACCUCAUACCAUAGUGACAUUCAUCGUACUUGAGCAGCUUAAGGAAUGGCACAAGAGCUAUAAAUUAGCACAACAGCAGAUAGAUGAGUAA